AUGGGGUUCAUCUCGGGGGUGGUGAUGGGGUUGGUGGUCGGCGUCGUGAUCAUGGCCGGGUGGAGCCGCGUGAUGCAGCGGCGCAGCAGGAAGCGCGUCGCCAAGGCUGCGGAUAUCAAGGUCCUUGGGUCUCUUGGCAGGGAGGACCUCAAGAAGCUCUGCGGCGACAAUUUCCCCGAGUGGAUAUCCUUCCCACAGUAUGAGCAGAGGGACUACAUACAAGAGAAACUAGAAUUCACGGACUUGACCACUGGAUUCACGAGUGGUGAAAUGGCUGAACAAGCAUCUCAGCAAACUUUGGCCUUUUGUUUCACAAUCCUGGCAUUUCAUGGGGCUGCAACUGCAGUUGUUAAGGAAUCUGUUGAACCCCUGCUAGAUGAUUAUCGACCUCCAGGAAUAAAAUCUCUGAAGUUCAACAAAUUCUCUCUUGGAAAUGUCUCGCCAAAGAUCGAAGAACGACUUAAGGAGAUGACACUAGGCGGUGAUGGUGAGAUUGCCUUGGGUGAGAACACACAACUCCGCCCCGACUUAGAAGGCGUGGGUGAGCGUCUAUGCCUCAUGGGCGGUUGGUUCUCCACCAUGAUGAUGUCGAAGACAUCCUUGAUGAUGGGGCCAUACAACCUUGGAGAAGUUCGGCAGCCAGGGUGUCAUCAUAGACAUGACUGCUUGUACAAGGUGCCUUGCAAGGCAAGAAUAGUCAAUCAGAACAACCGAAUAUUAACAGAAUGGGCUAGAGAGGUAAGCAAAGAAAAAUGUUACCUCGGUAAAAGCAAUUUUAACAUGGUCCCUCUUACCUCCUCUUUUCACAUGGGAGGCAUCCGUAUCCAAAAUCUUCAGCCAGGCCAAAUCAUAAUGGAUAUAGAUUUCCGUUGGGGUGGUGAUCCAAGCAUAAUCCUUGCUGUUGAUGCUCGAGUUGCAUCACUGCCUAUUCAGCCAGAGCCUAAAAUACAGUACACAUUGAAGGCUGUUGGGGGUAGUCUGACUGCUAUUCCAGGACUUUCUGAUAUGAUUGAUGAUACUGUCAAUUCAAUUGUCAAUGACAUGCUCCAGUGGCCACACAGGCUUGUUGUUCCACUUGGCGUCAAUGUUGACACAAGGAUGGGGCGCGCGAAGAUGUGCGUGGAUGAAGGUGACAUACCUAAUUUUCUUGCUAUGAACGGCGAUGUGUUGCAAAAUCGAGAAGACACGACAGAACUUAAAGGUGACAUGGAGGAUCUGCGCAAGGAUGUCCAUGCUAUCCAUCUCAAGCAGGACGCCAUUGCCAAAGUGGUGACGGGCGUGCAAGCCGCCAUCUCUGUCCCGAUUCAACAGUUGGCAACUAUGGCCGAUGUGCUCAAGAGUUUUGUUAUCCAGUCGAUCCAUGAGCUGGAGCUUAAACCUGAGGGAAAACUUUCUGUUACUGUAGUAAAAGCAACAUCUCUGAAGAAUAAGGAGUUGAUUGGUAAAUCUGAUCCCUACGUGACCCUGUAUGUGCGUCCCAUGUUCAAGGUCAAAACAAAAGUCAUAGAUGACAACCUAAAUCCUGAAUGGAAUGAAACAUUUGAACUGAUUGUUGAAGACAAGGAAACCCAAUCUGUCAUUUUUGAGGAAAAUAAUGGGUCGUUCUCAACCAAAUCUGUUUACAAUAUGUAUUUCGCGAAUGCAACGCGUGGCUGA